CACCCAAAGGUCAGAGGAAACGUAAAGCUUCCCGCCAGAACAAAAAAAUGUUGUAAAACAAUAAUUACAGUUCCCGCCAAAGAUCUAACAAUAACAAUCUUUCAGCAAAUCCAGCUUCUCAUUCCCUUUUGUAAAUGUGACACUUUCCCGUCACCAAAAAUGGAAAAUGGAUUAAUAUCUGUAGACCGUUGGGAAUCGGGAAGUCAAGCAUACUUCUUAACACAUCUCCACUCCGAUCACACUCAAGGCCUCUCUUCAUCAUGGUCCCAUGGCCCACUCUUCUGCUCUUCAAUCACCGCCAAACUUCUCCCUAUCAAGUUCCCUCGUUUCGAUCUCUCUCUUCUCCGCAUUCUUCAUAUCGGUACUUCCCAUACUCUCUCCCUGCGUUCACCUUCUUCUUCUUCCACCACCACCGUCCGCGUCACCACCUUCGACUCCUGUCAUUGUCCUGGUUCGAUUAUGUUACUGUUUCGCGGCGAUUUUGGUACGGUGCUUUAUACUGGUGAUUUUCGUUGGGAGAGCAAUUGCGAGAAGGCGAAAAUCGCUAAGGAAGCACUUAGCGCUGCUCUCCAAGAUGAUGAUGGUGUUGAUGUUGUUUACCUUGAUAAUACCUACGCUAAUCCUACCUAUGAUUUUCCUUCUCGCAGCGUUGCGGCUCAGCAGGCUAUUGAUAUAAUUUCGUCCCAUCCUGAACAUGAUGUUAUUAUUGGAAUCAAUACUUUGGGGAAAGAAGAUCUCUUGCUUCAGAUUGCAAGCGUGCUUGACAUAAUGAUUUGGGUGUGGCCUGAGAGGUUGCAGACUAUGGAUCUUCUUGGUCUCCCUGAUAUAUUUACAACAGAUACAACUCUUACUAGAGUGAGAGCUGUUCCUCUGUAUAGCUUUGGUGCCGAUACAUUGGAGGCGUUAAAUUUAAUCCGCCCGACAACACGCCCGACUAUAGGAAUUUUGCCGUCCGGUCUUCCAUGGAUAAAGAAAUCUCUUAAAAAGGGAGAGUUUCUCUCUGGUUCUUUUCUGACAUCCCGUUAUAAGCGAAGUAGACCGCAGAGUGCAAAUAAUGUUGAGGUCCAUAUGGAUAAGCAAAUUGGGAAAACAUCUCCCAAAGUGUUUCACCAGCAUAUAUAUUCAGUUCCCUACUCUGAUCAUUCAAAUUUUGAAGAGUUGGAGGAUUUCAUAAAGCUUGUCAAGCCUACCGAUCUGAAGGGUAUUGUUUCUAUCUCUACAUGUUUUAUCGAACCCAUGUACUAUUUCGGCCGGCUUUGUACCGGUAACCAACCAGUACAAGUACAACAGCUGCAUGACAGGUUUAAAAUGAAAGAAACUGAUGAAAUAAAAGGAGCUGUCUGCCCUGAAACUUCAUCUGAAGAUGAUGAUGUUGAAUUAAAUAGAAGCAAGGAAAGUUAUAAAGUGAAAGAAAGUGGUAAAAGGGUUGCAACAGUCAGCCCCGAAACUUCUUCAUCUGAAGAGGAUAGUGUUGAGUUAGAUAGAAACAAGAUGAAGGCUUUGAAGGUAAAGUUAUCAGGUUUUCGUAUGAGAAGAUUCAGCGCAUUGAGAAGAACCCGCCGUGGAGCUAAGUCUUCGGACUUGGACUAUUUUGAUCCUGAUGAACAAAUGGGGCCUAGCUGAUUAAGCAUGAAGUUGUGCAUUUCUUUUUGAAGUCCAUGGUUCAAGGUAUGAUCAACCCUCCACCUAGCUCAAGGUAUAUAAAACUUUGUUAGUAGAAAGGUUAGAUGAUUAUCAACAUACAAUUGGAUAAUCUUUUGUACUCCUCUUAACAUUAAAAUCUGUCUGUGACAAAAAAUUGUAACUUGAAUUUGCCGUACAUAUUUUGUUGAUAACUUAGUAUGGUCCGUUUCACUUAUA